UGUUUUAGGAGCCACGCAAGGUGCUGAAGACAGACGUGGAGGGAAACAGAAAUGGAAGAUAUUGUUAAUAUAACAGACAUCUGGAAACAAGAGAGAUGACGAGAAGAAUGGGAUAUUAUCAGUGUAUCGUGAGCUAUGGAAGCCACGGCCUCGUAUGAUGUGGGAUGGCAAUGUGGAUAUGUCUCAUAGCGCUCGUGUUGAUGUUGGCUCCAGUGGAACCGGGGCCUCGCUACAGUUCUCGCAUUGUGGACACGCAAGCCGGCCCGGUCCGUGGGGUGAUACAGAACUCAAACUCUCGCCACGUAGAGCCUGUAGAGAUAUUUUACGGGAUCCCGUACGCGGCACCUCCUGUGGGUGCCAGGAGGUUUACGGCAGCACAGGAGCCCCUGGCAUGGGUAGGUACGCGGCUAGCGGAUACUCUGCCUCCAGUCUGUCCUCAACAACUGCCAGACAUCACCAAUGUGUCUGCGACCUCGAAAACCCGCCUGCAACAGAUCCGACAAUUGCUGCCUCUUCUCCACCGUCAGAGCGAGGACUGUCUGCACCUCAACAUCUACGUACCGGGGAGCGCUGAGUUGUAUCUGCAGUUCAAACCUCUGUUGCUGCACGGCGGAGGUUCCGGUAGUGGCACGGACAUUGUUGUCAUUGUUGACUGUUGCCGCGCGCCCUGGCCCGGCCCGCACCCUCAGCCGCAUGUGGCUGGUUCCUACUCUCACUAG